GGCGGUGGCGGACGGCCCGACGCCCCCUUCCUGGGCGGGAACGGGCCGAGACGUUAUAGGGCGGGCGGCCGCGACGCGGGGCACAGCGUCAUGAACCGGCUCGGGGUGCUGGGGCUCGUCGGCGCCGUGCUGCUGGGGUGCUGGGAGCCUGGCGACGCCGUAAGAUGCUUUGAUAAGCAGUACGAACACAAGGGCAGGUGCUGCAACCGGUGUCAGCCAGGGGAAAAGCUGAUCUCUGAAUGCAGUGGCACAGAAGACUCUGUCUGCGCGCCCUGUGAGAGUGGACACUAUCAGCAGAGCUGGACCAAGGAGAGGCACUGUGCCCCCCAUGAUAUCUGUGAUGACAACACUGGCCUCAUCAUGAAGACACAAGGAAAUGCAACACACAACACAGUGUGCCAGUGCCAGGCUGGCAUGCACUGCUCUGACACUAGCUGCCAGACCUGUGUGGAGAACCCUCCCUGCCAGCGCGGCUUUGGCUUUGUGGCAGCCAAGGCCAUGGCCCGGAUGUCAUCCCCCUGCGAGCCCUGCCCAGAAGGCACCUUCUCCAAUGUCUCCUCUAAAACUGAGCCGUGCCAUCCCUGGUCAAGUUGUGAGGAAAAGGGACUGGUGGUGAAGCUGAAAGGGACGAACACUUCAGAUGUGAUAUGUGAGUCGGGCAGGCGCUCCUCACUUUCAGUGCUGAUCCCCAUCAUGGCCGCAGUUGUCACGUGCAUUGUGGGCAUCUCCAUCUACUGCCUGGUCCUCACAGAUUCCAGGAGACGGGUGCAGAAGCAGGUGGAGGUUGGGAAACCCGGAGAGAACCUGGAGGCCCAGCAGCCCAUGGAGAUGGGGGAGGAUGCCUUCCCUGUGCAGGAGACCCUGCUCGGGGGCCAGCCUGUGGCCCAGGAGGAUGGCAAGGAGAGCCGCAUCUCGGAGCAGGAGAGGCUGUGAGGGUGCAGGGCGCUGCCUCCAACGGGAACACAGGCUUGGGCCAGCACAGUCUCCUCUGUUCCCUCUCCAGCCAAGGAGGAAAUCUGGCAUCUGGCCUGGCUGCAAAUUAUGUGAUGCUGCAGUGGGCCAUGGCAUAGCCACCCGCCAUGGGGGUACCACCACAGCCCCUGAUCUGGCCACCUCUCCAGGGCUGCCACAGUGGAGCAAAGCUCAGCUGCCUGCUCAGGGCUGCAGAGCAGAGCCUGGUCCCACCACCCGCCCAGGGUGCUGCCACGGGGCGCAGCAUGGCUGCUCACAGGCCGACCCCCUGGCAGAGCCCGGUGCAGCCACUGCACCAGGGCCCCCGUGGCAGAGCGUGGCUGCUUGGGUGGGUGCCCAGUGGCACAGCCCGCUCUGCCUGACCGCCGGGGAUGCCGGGGCGGAGAGUGUGGGCUGCUGGUGUGGGACGGUCCUGGCAGACCACCCGCCCAGGGAGCUGGGGCACCCGCGCCAGGACCCCGUGCUGGAGCUGGGCCCGGUGGGUGCUGGCGGUGGAGACCGGGCAGCGGCCGGGGCCGUGGCGGCCCGGGGCAGGGCAGCAGCCCCCGUGCCUCCCCGCGCACCCUGUGCUGGCCCAGCGCUGCGGGGCUCCGUGGGGAGGCUGCCCGCAUCUCCCGGCGCGGACACGGACCCGGUACGGCGGCGGGGGGCAGUGCCCCGGACACAGGCGCGCGGCAGCCGGGAGAUGGUGCUGCGGGACCGGCGUGCGGCUGUCCCGCCCCGUGCCCGCCUCCGGCACCGGCCCGCAGCGGCGCCGCCCCGCGCGGGGCUCCGGGCUCCCCGCGGCCCCGCUUCCCUCCGCCGGCCGGGCCCGUGGGGCGGGUGCCGCCGGGGGGGGGGGGGCUCCCAACGCACCCCACAGCACGUGCGCGGGGGCACACGCUGCUCGCUGCUGCCUGCAGCCACCCGCGGGGGGCUCGGCCCGCUCCACGGAGGGAACGGCUGGACGCGAUUAUCCUCCACUGCGCCGCUGACAAGAAGCUGUCAUUAAACUUUAUUAUUCUCCCAA